GGUGAAGGUGACAGGUGGGGGACGCAGGUGGAGAAUUGAGGCCGUGAGCUCAUGACAAAGGCGCCCAGUGGGCGUGGUGGGUGCUCUGGCCUAUAAAGACCCUGUGCCCUGUGGCUUGCUGAGGCAGUCAUGGAGGGCACCAUGGAGGGCACCAUGGAGGGUCCCGAGGCAGUGCAGAGAGCCACAGAGCUCAUCGAGCAGCGGCUUGCCCAGGAGGAAGAAACUGAGAAACUUCGAAGAGCGGCUCCUGGGAAGCUGUCCAUGGACAUGCUGGUUCUAGAGGAAGAGAAGCGCCUUGGGAUGCAGAGUCCCGCUUUACAAAAGGUGAAGGGCCAAGAGCGCGUGCGCAAGACAUCCCUGGACCUGCGGCGUGAGAUCAUUGACGUGGGUGGGAUCCAGAACCUCAUCGAACUGAGGAAAAAACGCAAGCAGAAGAAGCGAGACGCACUGGCUGCGGCCCAGGAGCCACCUCCAGAGCCGGAGGAGAUUACCGGCCCUGUGGACGAGGAAACAUUCCUGAAAGCUGCAGUGGAGGGGAGGAUGAAAGUCAUUGACAAGUACCUGGCAGAUGGAGGUUCGGCAGACACUUGUGAUGAGUUCCGACGGACAGCACUGCAUCGUGCCUCCCUGGAGGGCCACAUGGAGAUAUUGGAGAAACUUCUGGAGAGUGGGGCCACCGUGGACUUCCAGGAUCGGUUGGACUGCACAGCCAUGCACUGGGCCUGCCGUGGAGGCCACCUGGAGGUGGUGAGACUCCUGCAAAGCCGAGGAGCCAACACCAACGUGAGAGACAAGCUACUGAGCACUCCCCUGCAUGUGGCUGUCCGUACCGGGCACGUGGAGAUUGUGGAGCACUUUCUUUCCCUGGGUCUGGAUAUCAAUGCCAAAGACAGGGAAGGGGACAGCGCCCUGCACGAUGCUGUGAGACUCAACCGCUACAAAAUCAUCAAACUGCUGCUCUUGCAUGGGGCCGACAUGAUGGCUAGAACCUGGCAGGAAAGACCCCCACGGACCUGGUCCAGCUAUGGCAAGCAGACACCCGGCAUGCCCUGGAGCAUCCUGAGCCAGAAUCAGAACAGAACGGACUGGAGAGGCCUGGGAGUGGGCGUGAGACCCCCCAGCCGGUACCAGCCCAGUAAAUACCUACCGCCGGAUGGGCAAUAGUCCCUACUAUGAGUUUUCUGCCUGCCGCCAGUCUGGGAGGAACACCCACAGACUCAACACAAUAAAGUGCUGUCUUUGCUA